CCUGCCUGCCUGCCCGCCCGCCCGCUUUCUCUCUCUCCCACGCGCACGCGGAGCCGGAUCGGUAUCUGCUCACCGUGAUACUCUUUCUCUCUCUCUCUCCCGACCCCCAACGCACGACGCUUUCCUCUCUCUAGGUUGUUUCCCCCUCGAUCCCUCUCGACCACACCAGGUAAAAUCUCCCCUGCCCAUCCGCUCCCCCAGCCGAUCCGAUCCCGCGAUUCCAGCCCUCGCGCCUCCAGCUUGAAACUUCCCCCAAUUUUCCAUCCACUGUAGUCGCCCGGAUCGCUCGCGCUUCGUAGAGGGUUCGGGUGUCUGUGAGUGCCUUUUUUGCGCAACGAUGGUAUGUUAAUUGGAGGUUAAAGAAUUGUAGCGGUUUGAGGCGGUAAGAGCUUGGAGGGAGCGAAGGAUUUGCGAGCCAUGGAUAAGGGGCUCUUCGCCAACGACGGCUCCUUCAUGGAGAGGUUCAAGCAGAUGCAGCAGGAAAUGCAGGAGAAGGAGAAGGAGAAGGAGAAGGCCGCCACUGCAGCCUCGUCCGCGACGCCCAAGCCUGUGAACCCCAAGCAGGCAGUCACUGUGGCUGCGAACAAGAGGCCGUUCAAGCUGAAGAAGGCCGGGCCGGUGGCCUCAGGUGGGAAGCUGGCCUUCAGCCUGAAGAAGGCCAAGGUUGUGGUCGCGCCUGUUUUUGCGGCCGAUGACGAGGAUGAAGAUGGGGCAGAUGUGGAGAGGGAGGAGCCCGCCAAGAACCAGAAGUCCGUGCAAGUUGAUGCUCCUGCUGUGGCUGCCCCAACAGGGGCUGUUGCCCCAACACCACCAAAUGACAUGACAGUGAGGCAAGUUGCUGACAAAUUAGCAAGCUUUGUUGCCAAAAAUGGGAGACAAUUUGAGAAUAUCACACGGCAAAGGAAUCCUGGAGAUACACCAUUCAAGUUUCUAUUUGAUAAGCACUGUCCAGAUUACAAAUAUUAUGAGUUUCGUCUUACUGAAGAGGAAAAGGUUCUUGCCCAGUCAAAGGAAGCUGAAGCAUCAAAAAAUGCUAACUCUAGCAUUGCAAGUUCCAAAGCACCAGUUGGUCCACAUAGAACCUCAUUGGAACAAAAGUCUAACUAUCAAACACCUGCAUCAGCGUUGUAUGGGACAUAUGAGGGUAGUUCUUCCCAAGGAAGCUUUAGUUAUGGUGAUCCCAAUAUGUCUGCACCCUCAGAUCCAGUAGCAUUGAUGGAAUUCUACAUGAAGAAGGCUGCACAGGAAGAGCGGAAGAGGCCACCGAGGCAGUCAAAAGAUGAAAUGCCACCACCUCCUUCCCUUCAAGGUAUCUUUUCUGUUAUAUUAUUCGCUGUACUGGAAGGAUGUAAGGACUUCCAUAGUUAUUUCAGUACAACUAUUUCUUGUUUUGCAGGUCCUCCUAAGAAGGGACACCACAUGGGUGACUUCAUUCCUCAAGAAGAAUUUGAAAAGUUCAUGGCACGCUGUAAUGAUGCUGCAGCACAAAAGGCUACCAAAGAAGCUGCCGAGAAGGCUAAGAUUCAGGCAGACAAUAUUGGGCACAAACUUCUAUCUAAGAUGGGCUGGAGGGAAGGUGAGGGUCUUGGCAGCGAGAGAAGGGGUCGUGCAGAUCCCAUUAUGGCUGGAGAUGUGAAGAAGGACCAUCUUGGUGUUGGUGCAGUCCAGCCCGGUGAGGUCUCAGCUGAAGAUGACAUCUACGAGCAAUACAAGAAACGAAUGAUGCUUGGCUACCGUUAUAGACCAAACCCUCUGAACAAUCCCAGGAAACAAUACUACUGACACAUGAGAUGUUCAUCUGGGGAGAUCAGAAUAGCCAAGAAGUUUGUUUAUUCAGCAUAUAUCUUGGAAUGCCACAGAUCUGGGGCUUCAGCAGUGGCUUCGAUGUUGCCUAGUGUUCAUUUUUUUUUAUAUCAAAUACACUUUUCUUUGUGGUGUGUUUUCAAUGUACAUCAAUCAUGUUUCAAUUAGUGAUGUAUUGCUCUCAAGAAGGAUGAAAACUAUUUUACUUAUUAUUCAACUUCUGUUGGGACUUUCUUCACUUCACAAA